AUGGCCGCUGAGAAGGACCUGAGUGUAGAGGGAAGCAGUGUGACUCUGACGGUUCAUCAGAGAGUGCACACAGGAGAGAAGCCUUACUCCUGCUCUGACUGUGGAAAGAGUUUCUCUCGACCGGGCCACUUAAAAAUACAUGAACGUAUACAUACAGGAGAGAAGCCUUACUCCUGCUCUGACUGUGUAAAAUGCUUCAAAACAUCAACUGAGCUAAAAGGUCAUCAGAGAACACACACAGGAGAGAAGCCUUACUCCUGCUCUGACUGUGGGGCAAGUUUCUCUCAUCAGAGCACCUUUAAACAACAUAAACGUAUACAUACAGGAGAGAAGCCUUACUCUUGCUCUGACUGUGUAAAGUGCUUCAAAACAUCAACUGAGCUAAAAGUUCAUCAGAGAACACACACAGGAGAUAAGCCUUACUCCUGCUCUGACUGUGGGGCAAGUUUCUCUCAUCAGAGCACCUUUAAACAACAUAAACGUAUACAUACAGGAGAAAAGCCUUACUCCUGCUCUGACUGUGGGGCAAGUUUCUCUCAACUGGGCCACUUUAAAAUACAUGAACGUAUACAUACAGGAGAGAAGCCUUACUCCUGCUCUGACUGUGUAAAGUGCUUCACAACAUCAACUGAUUUAAAAAUUCAUCAGAGAACACACACAGGAGAGAAGCCUUACUCUUGCUCUGAUUGUGUAAAAUGCUUCACAACAUCAAGUGAGCUAAAACUUCAUCAGAAAACACACACAGUAGAGAAGCCGUACUCCUGCUCUGACUGUGGGAAGAGUUUCUCUCGACUGGGCAGCUUAAAAGAACAUGAACGUAUACACACAGGAGAGAAGCCUUACUCCUGCUCUGAAUGUGGGGCAAGUUUCUCUCGACUGGGCAGCUUAAAAGAACAUGAACCUAUACAUACAGGAGAAAAGCCUUACUCCUGCUCUGACUGUGUAAAAUGCUUCACAAGAUCAACUGCGUUAAAAAUUCAUCAGAGAACACACACAGGAGAGAAGCCUUACUCCUGCUCUGAUUGUGUAAAAUGCUUCGCAACAUCAACUGAUUUAAAAAUUCAUCAGAGAACACACACAGGAGAGAAGCCUUACUCCUGCUCUAAUUGUGGGAAGAGUUUCUCUCGACUCAGCACCUUAAAACAACACGAACGUAUACACACAGGAGAGAAGCCUUACUGCUGCUCUGAAUGUGGGACAAGUUUCUCUCAACUCGGCUCCUUAAAACAACAUGAACGUAUACACACAGGAGAGAAGCCUUACUGCUGCUCUGAAUGUGGGACAAGUUUCUCUCAACACGGCUCCUUAAAACAACAUGAACGUGUACACACAGGAGAGAAGCCUUACUUUUGCUCUGACUGUGUAAAAUGCUUCACAACAUUAACUGAGCUAAAAGUUCAUCAGAGAACACACACAGGAGAGAAU